UGUGGCUCUGCCCCCUGCAUCCUGUGCGGCUGCUGCCCUGCCACCCGCAACUCCACCGUCAGCCGCCUCCUCUUCACCAUCUUCCUCUUCCUGGGGGUGCUGGUGUCCGUCAUCAUGCUGAGCCCCGGCGUGGAGAGUCAACUGCACAAGCUGCCCUGGGUGUGUGAAGAGGGUGCCCAGAACCCCACCAUCCUACCGGGGCACAUCGACUGUGGCUCCCUGCUCGGCCACCGUGCCGUCUACCGAAUGUGCUUCGCCACGGCCGCCUUCUUCUUCCUGUUCACCCUGCUCAUGAUCUGUGUGUGCAGCAGCCGGGACCCCAGGGCUGCCAUCCAAAAUGGGUUUUGGUUCUUUAAGUUCCUGGUCUUCCUGGGCAUCACCGUGGGCGCCUUCUACAUCCCCGACGGCCCCUUCCCCAAAAUCUGGUUCUACUUCGGCGUCGUGGGCUCCUUCCUCUUCAUCGUCAUGCAGCUAGUGCUGCUCGUGGACUUCGCGCACUCCUGGAACCAGCAGUGGCUGUGCAAGGCCGAGGAGUGCGACUCGCGCGCCUGGUACGCAGGUCUCUUCUUCUUCACCUUCCUCUUCUACGCGCUGUCCAUUGCGGCCGUGGCGCUGCUCUUCAUCUACUACACGCAGCCCGGCACCUGCCACGAGGGCAAGAUCUUCAUCAGCCUCAACCUCACCUUCUGCUUCUGCGUCUCCAUCAUCGCUGUCCUGCCCAAGGUCCAGGACGCCCAGCCAAACUCGGGCCUGCUGCAGGCAUCGGUCAUCACUCUGUACACCAUGUUUGUCACCUGGUUGGCCCUGUCCAGUGUCCCAGACCAGAAAUGCAACCCCCACCUACUGACCCAUUUUGGCAACAAGACGGUCCUGGCAGACCCUGAGGGUUACGUGACCCAGUGGUGGGACGCCCCCAGCAUCGUGGGGCUCAUCAUCUUCGUCCUGUGCACCCUCUUCAUCAGUCUGCGCUCCUCUGACCACCGGCAGGUGAACACCCUGAUGCAGACGGAAGCGUGCCCGCCCAUGCUGGAGGCCACGCAGCAGCAGCAGGUGCUGAGCGAGGGCAGGGCCUUUGACAACGAGCAAGACGGUGUGACCUACAGCUACUCCUUCUUCCACUUCUGCCUGGUCCUCGCCUCCCUGCACAUCAUGAUGACGCUCACCAACUGGUACAGGCCCAGCGAGACCCAGAAAAUGAUCAGCACGUGGACGGCGGUGUGGGUGAAGAUAUGUGCCAGCUGGGCGGGGCUGCUGCUCUACCUGUGGACCCUGGUCGCCCCCCUGCUCCUGCCCAACCGAGACUUCAGCUGAGGCAGCCCCUAAAGCCCACUCCCUGGUGCCUGGGGGCUUGGUGACAGCCAGCCUUCUCUUCUUCCUCUGCCUCCACCUUUCAGGCUCGCCCCUGUGCUGGGCCCUCUCCCUUCUUAGUGCCUUUGCUGGGAGGAGGACCAGGCUCAUGGCCUGAGCACCCUCUCCAGCUGCCCCCAGACCCAUGGCACUGCCUCUCCCCCUUUCUCCCCACCACCUACACUCACCCUUUUGGGGAGAAAGUUCUCCUUGUUCUCAGGCUCCCCAGAGGAGGGGGCUGAAGGGGAGGGCUACUCAGAGUGUGGGAGCACUUAUAUGACUGGGUAGCCACCCUGAGACCCAGGAACCUGACCACACCCUGAGGGUCCCAUCCCUACGGAACUCCGUGCCUUAUCAAGUCUCUUAAGACUUUGCCCAGUAUCAAGCCCAUGUGUGUGCCUUCCCAUGUAUGUUCUCUGCACCCUCACCCUCUGUGUGGGGCCCUGGGCUGAGCCCUUUCCCACCUGGGGCCAGGCCAGGGUGGGGUCUGGUUAUGGCAUGUUAGGAGUGAGGGGGCAGAAGGCCUGCUUGGCAUGAGGGAUGUGGAGUCCGGGGCUGCUGUGGUCCUCAGGGCUCCCAGUGUGUGUGGUCCCCCAGGGAAAACCCUCACUGGACACCUUGUCCAGUGGAGAACACCCUCCACCCCCAGGAACCUGGCUCAGUUUUUGGCCCGAGCCACUGACUUGCAGUGGGACCUUGGGCAAAGGACAUCCUUCCUCUGACCGUGCUUUGCCCAAUAGUUGAAUAAAGACCCUGCGUGUACAACAGUUAA